UUUCUGUCGGCGGUGGCGACGGGGACUGUGACGAAUAACGGUACGCUUGCAUUUCCCGCCAAUGCAAUGACGAAGGGGAACAAAGAGGUCUCACUGAUCAUGUACUCCAGUGACGCGGAGAAGGAUUGGAGGCUGUCGCAGGGGAUGACAGCCGAGGGCUGCGUGGAUCCUGCCGUUGUGGAGUGGGGAAGCGGGAGACUUUUGAUGAUGACUACAUGUGAGGAGGGCCACCACAAGGUGUACGAGUCGAGCAAUAUGGGGAAGACGUGGACGGAGGCGCUUGGGACACUCUCGCGCGUGUGGGACAACGCACUUGAGCGUGAGGGAUCUGGCGGUCAAAGUGGCUUCAUCACCGCGACGAUUGAAGAAAGGGACGUGAUGCUCGUCACCCUGCCGGUGAAUUUGAACGGCAGCGUAAGCGAUCAACUCCAUCUUUGGCUCACCGACGCCGCCCACAUUGUGAUGUUGGGCCGAUAUCCAACGCAAGUAAGCAGGUCGCCGGCAGUGCCCUGCUGUUUAGGGGCAAGGAGGAGUUGA